CCUGGUGGGCUUUGUGCCCUGUGGGACUGCGUCUCCCAUGAGCGAGCCAACGUCAGUAUCCAAGUGCUGCGGUUGUUGUGAAAGGUUGCACCUGCCAGGAUUGGUCGUCACCUUCUACAUAUAUGAGGAGGAGAGCACGAUGCAGCACUAGGCCAGAGGAAGUAGCAGAAAGAAAGAAAGAUCUGACGAAUUCCUGAUCAGUAUCGGCUCGAGUGCCACCACAUGGAAAAACAGGCCAAAGUGGUGUUUCGAAAUGUGGGGCAGUUUUACUUCCCCCAAACUCGGGUGGAGUGCCACUACAGCCUGACCCCCCACCACCUGUGGAGCAGAAGUGACUGGAUUGGGCUUUUUCAGGUGGGCUGGUCGUCAGUGAAGGAGUACUACACCUACACCUGGGCUCUUGGGCCUGAGGACUACACCGGAGGAACCAGCGUCAACUGCUGUGCACUGUUCCAUGCCUCGUACCUGCCUCACCCCAGCACGGUGGAGUACCAGUUUGUGUAUGUGGAUGAGAAGGGGGAGGUGUGCACCUGCAGUCGGCCCUUCACUUUCUGCUCUCCCAAGCCACUGGAGGAGCUAGAGACCAUGAAAGAGGAGCAGGGAGAGGAAGAGCAGGAGGAUGAGGAGGAGGAACUAAUCCUGGUCAUCCCCAGGGCUCAACUCCUGCAGGGUCGGCUGGAGGAAUGUCUGAAAGAACAAGACAGUCUAAGAAAGGCCCUGGAAAUGGCAAAGGACGAAAAGGAGACUGAGAGACAGAGAAGUGAAGAAGUGAGGCAGAGGUGGGAGCAGGAGAGACAAGCGCUGCACAAGGAGAUCUCAGAGCUCCGAGAGAACCUGAGACAGAACUGGGAGAAGUUGAAGUGGAUGGAGGGGAGAAAUAAGGAUGUGAAGUAUAGUCAGGAAAGCCUGUCGUCUGAACUCAGUAACCUUUUGGCUGAGAAAAGCAGCAGUCAGCAGCGGAUCAAAGAGCUGGAGGAGGAUGUCAGGGUUUUAACCAACAGGGAGGAAGAGACAACGUACGAACUAGAGAGGAUGAAGGACAGAGGGAACAAAAUGUCCAGUCAAAUGAAACAUGAAGAAGAGAGGAGGAAGAAUCUGCAGGGGGACUAUGAGACGGCUCUGGCAGAUGUGAGACGGCUGCAGGAGCGCCUGGAGGCCAGUGAGCGUAUUGCUGAGAGCCUGCGCAGGGAGCUGAGCGAGCUGGGCGUCCAGCAGGCCCACGGCCAUGCUGAGCUGCACCAAGCCCGGCUGCAAGUAGCCCAGCUCACCCUCCAGCUGUCAGAGGAGGACCUGGCCCACAGCGAGGGCCGUGCCAAGUGGGCCCAAGAAAGAGAGGCCUACAAACAAACAGCCGAAACUCAUAAAAAGAAAGUGCAGGAGCUGAGCUGGGAGGUGCAGAGGCAAGAGGACUGGCUCAAGGAAGAGAGGAUGGAGAGGGAGAAGCUGGAGGUCGAGCUGGCGAGAGAGCGAGAUUGCAACAGAGUGCAGCUGAGUGAUGCUAAGAGGGAAGUGCAGGAGUUGAAGGCCAACCUCAGAAGUGCCCAGCAGGAGCAAGGACAGCAGCAGCUGGAGAAACAGGAGCUGCACCACUACAUCGGUCAGCUGGAGCAAAGGCUGGAGGCGGUGUCGGGCAGCGAGUCGAGUGGAACAGCUGGUGACGCCUCAUCUGAAGAUGGCUGGCCUGCCUCCAGGGCGGUGCUGUCAGCGCUGGUCCUGUCCUCCCAUCCGGACCGCUGCAACAGCCAGACACACUGCCUGCAGGGUAGAGCGGACGGUCCCAUGUCCCACACACAGGAUGAAACGGGGACACAGCGCGAGCCCCGAGUGGCUGAAGGCAAACCGCUGAUUCUGCCAGAGCUCCUCGACCCGGUUCUGAGUGACCUUGCUGACUCCCCUCUGUGGUGAAGCCCAGAAGAACGGAUGGAGCCCAAGCCUGAUUAUUCAUGCAAAUCUGAGAGGUCAUCAGGAGCCGAGUGAUUAGGUCCAGUCAAAGUACAAAAUGUAUUUCUAUUUUUAUUGUUGCCUCUCUAGAUUGUACUGGUGUUUUGCAGAGUUUUUUUUUUUGUUGAUUUGUGUUGUCUGUAUGUCAGUCUUCAGACGCAUUAAUGAAAGCGUAUUCCUUAGGCCUUUACACCACCAGGUGCUUGUAUUCAGAGGAACAGUUGCACAAGUUGUUGUGCAAGUCUUAAAUGAGCGGAUGGCUCACAUUCUCCUUUGGCUUUGUCAGCGGGCUGAUUUGUGGGAAACGUGUCAGAAAGAUGCUGAUUUGUGUGAAACAUGAUCUUUUGUUAAAUCUAGCACAGUGGCUUUGUGAGCCAACAGAGAUCAGGAGCAACAGCGAAGUACGCUACUGUGUAGGACUGUCUGCAAGUAAACAUCUUCAAGCUGUACAGUUACCUAAAAACACACCAACAACUUAUCUGCAGCCUUUGUCUGCAUUUCAUUGUAGGUUGUUUUUGUCACCAAAAUGAUUUCUAGGUUUCGCUGCAUUUUGAAUUUAUGGGUAGAACACUGUGCACAGACACACCAGCUGAUAAGUGAUGAAAUAAUGAUGUAAUUAUGAGGUGGCUAACUUCCAGUCUUGUCUUAUUGGCAGGUUACAUUGGCCUUUGCAUGUGUGUGUGCAGUAGUGUAUAGUAGUAGUGUACAGUGUUCUGUGCAUGUCUGUGUACAGUAGAACUCAGUAGUAGUGUACAGGAGUAGUGUACGUGUGUACAGAUCUCAGUAGUAGUGUACAAUGUCCUUUACAUGUGUGUGUACAGUAGAUCUCGGUAGUAGUGUACAGUAGUAGUGUACAGUGUCCUGUGCAUGUGUGUGUACAGUAGAUCUCAACAUGGUGUUGAAUAAGUGGUUGCAUGUUGCAGCAAAGUUUGACAUUUUGGAGGUAGAUGAUUUUGUGGGGUAUGCUAGAUUGUAACAAUGGAAAGAUUGAUCCCUUUAAUUCUGUUAAUUGAUCUGAACAUUGCAGUAGAGACUAGAAUCAUUGAUAAUAAAAAACACAAAUGGA